AUAGUCCUUUUCAAUUGAUUAUAUAAUAUAUGCACACACGGAUGUUUAUCUGCUAAACAAAUAUAUUUUGUAUUGAAAGCAACGUAAGCUGAUUAAUAAGCUUUUUCUUCUCUAAACUGGUUUGUGCAGUACACAUACUAAACUUGUGAAAAGUCAAACUUGUACUGCAAAGAGAGGAAAUGGAAGAUUGUACCCUCAAUCAACUAACAGACUUAACUAAUUUAAACCACAUAAAUAAACUAUCAAUAAUCACAAGAAGACCUCAUAACACAUUAAUCAUCAUCAAUGGUUCCCACUCCUUCCACCAUGAGCACUCUCAAGUCAACAUCUCUAUUCAUUUCACUGAUUCUGUUGCUUCAAGUAUUCAUAGUCAACGGUCAUGGUGGUGGUGGAGACGAUGAUGAUGACGCUGCUGGUGAUCACGCUCAUAACUUGCACUCCAAGGGGUUGGUCUUGGUGAAAAUAUGGUGCUUGAUAAUUCUUCUGGUGACCACCUUUGCAGGUGGUGUAUCGCCUUACUUUUUCCGGUGGAAUGAGAGCUUUCUUUUGUUGGGAACACAAUUUGCAGGUGGGGUUUUCCUAGGGACAUCCCUAAUGCAUUUCUUGAGCGAUUCAAAUGAAACGUUUGGAGACCUCACCCCGAAAACGUACCCUUUUGCGUUCAUGUUGGCUUCGGCUGGUUAUCUUUUGACCAUGUUUGGAGAUAGUAUCAUUCAUUUUGUUACAAAGUCUAAUCAGAGAGAAGCUAAAGUAGAAAUUGAAGAAGGACGAAGGAGGACUCCGGAGCAAGCUGCUGUUAAUAAGGAUGAUCAUGAUCAUGUUGACUUGGAAGAAGUCAACACUGCUUUCCUGAAAACGACGUCGUUAGGAGACACCAUACUUCUCAUCCUUGCUCUCUGUUUUCACUCUGUUUUCGAGGGUAUUGCCGUUGGAAUUGCAGAUACUAAGGGAGAUGCAUGGAGGAAUUUGUGGACAAUAUCACUACACAAAAUAUUUGCAGCCGUAGCCAUGGGCAUAGCACUGCUGAAGAUGCUACCAAAGAGGCCACUACUGCUGACGGUGGCUUACUCCUUUGCAUUCGCCAUUUCGAGUCCCAUCGGAGUAGGCAUAGGCAUUGCCAUUGAUGCCACAACUGAAGGAGCUGCCGCAGAUUGGACAUAUGCCAUCUCCAUGGGGUUGGCUUGUGGAGUUUUUGUCUAUGUUGCCAUAAACCAUCUUAUUGCCAAAGGCUUUAGACCAGAAUCCCCUAAUUAUUUUGACACUCCUUUCUUCAAGUUUCUCUCUGUGCUUUCUGGGGUUGGAGUUAUUGCUGUUGUUAUGAUAUGGGAUUGAUAUAUUGAUUGAUCAUCUUCAUCAAAAAAUUAUGUAUAUCUCCCACUUUUAUUUUCUUCUUCUUAUUUGCUUUUAAGUUAGAUUUCUUGCUCCAUGCCUUCUUGUGUAAGAAUAUAUGGUUUUGAAAAUUUUCAUAUAAUUUUUUUCCCCUCAUUAGCCA